AUGUACGAUCCAUCAUGGCGUACCGAUAGUUUCGAGGAAGAGGUUGAUGAAGGUCUUGUUCCGGACAAUGAGUCGUCGGAUACAGAUGUCGAUGGUGAUUUUGAUUGUUAUCCGUCCACUGCAGUUGGUCUACCAAUUCCAUCGCCUGGCAUUGUAGGAAUGCAAGACCCUCCAGUUGCAGGAAAUGAUAAUGUACCAUUUUGGGAUGGAAUCAGCCAUUUCACGAAUGUUAAUUGGAAAUAUCCAGAUCAAGAAUUGGAAGAUAUGCAUGGAGCACAAAUACCUAACUGGCAGAUGGGCCACGAGCUAUAUAAGGAUCAAUUGUUCGACACCAAAAAUGAUGUACAAAUGGCAAUUAAACAAUAUUGUAUGGAAAAUAAUCGCACAACAGUCGUAGAGAAAAGUGAUAAGAAAAGGUUGAUAAUGUGUUGUGAAGCCUUCAAUUAUUGCAAGCCAAUUAUCCUCAUUGAUGGCACUCAUCUUUAUGGCAAGUAUUGGGGAACCCUCAUGAUUGCGACAGCAGUAGACGGCAACAAUAACAUUCUUCCAAUUGCAUUCGCUAUCGUUUCAGCCGAGAAUACUGAUAACUGGUCUUGGUUCUUGGCUCUUAUUCGAAUGCUUGUGACACAAAAGCAUGGAAUAUGUCUCAUUUCUGAUCGACAUCCGGGUAUCCUGUCUGCGGUAAACAAUGUUGCUCUCGGAUGGGCCCCACCACAGGCAUAUCAUGUUUAUUGCCUUCGCCACGUGGGCAGUAGUUUUAAUCACAAAUUCAAGAAUGUUAUGUUGAAGAAGCAGUUGAAGAAGUUAGGCAAUACAACUUUGCGUUUGGACUUUGAUGCUGGUUUGGAAAAAUUUAAAGAAACAAGCCCGCAAAUAGCUGCCUGGAUUGAUCGCAUACCUAAAGAGAAGUGGAGUAUCUCCUGCGAUGAACAAGGAAGACGGUUUGGCCACAUGACAACAAACCUGUCAGAGUGUGUUAAUAAAGUUCUCAAAGGUGCACGAAACCUUCCAAUUACCUCACUUGUGCGUAUAACGUACAGUAGACUGGUGGCGUAUUUUUUGGAGCACGGACAGGAAGAACGUGAGGAGAUGGAAAGAGGUAAUCGCUUUGCCAAAGUUGUGUGGCGAAAAUAUGUGGAAAAUCAACGAACGGCCGUGACACAUUAUGUAACUUCUUACGAUGUGCAAAAGACAAGAUUUAAAGUUCAGGAGUCGUAUAAUGUACGUACUCAUCGUGGGGGUAAAAAAUGGUCAGUAUCGCUAUCUAAUCGUACAUGCCAGUGUGGUGAGUUCACUGCGUUUAGGUUCCCGUGUAGCCAUGUCAUUGCGACAUGUAGAUCCAUGCAUCACGAUCCCACACAGUACAUAGAUCCUGCCUAUAGUGCGAAGAAUCAAUGUGAAAUUUAUUCGCCGCAAUGGUAUCCAAUUGGUAACGAGGAUUUCAUACCACCAUUUGCACAUGCAACAAUUAUUCUGGAUGUGUCUUUGAGACGUCAAAGGGGAAGGCCUAGAAGUACACGCAUUCACAAUGAAAUGGAUUCGCGGGAGGGUGCAAUUACACGAACAACAUGCGGUUAUUGUAGAGAGGUUGGUCAUAAUAAACGGCAUUGUCCGUCGCGACAACAACCACAACCACCCACUUAA